AUGCUGACUUCCAUUCUCGACACAAGUAGGAUUGAAGCAGGGAAGACACAACUUGAAGAAGAAGAAUUCGACUUGCAACAACUAGUAGAAGAUGUAGUUGAUCUGUAUUACCCUGUUGGUAUGGCAAAGGAGAAAUUUGUUGACGUGGUGUUGGAUCCUUGUGAUGGAACUGCCACAAAAUGCCGUCAUGUUAAAGGUGACCGAGGCAAGUUGAAACAAAUUUUAUUGAACUUGCUGAGCAAUGCUGUCAAAUUUACAGAUGAAGGACAUGUCUCAGUUAGAGUUUGGGCUAGAAAGCCUUGUUUUGAAAAUGAAAUACUCGUUUCCAAUCGCAAGAAAUCAAUUGGAUGCUUCUCAUGUUUACUGAUUAGGAUUGACGAUGAAACCUACAAAGAGUUGAAAGCUACCAAUAGUAUCCAGCAGGAUCCAAAUUGUAUGGAAUUCAUAUUUGAAGUGAGUGACACGGGGAAAGGCAUUCCAAAGGAAAAGCACAAAAUGGUCUUUGAAAACUAUGUUCAAGUCAAAGAUACAGCUCUAGGUUAUGAAGGCACUGGAUUAGGACUUGGCAUUGUUCAAUCUCUGGUUCGCAUCAUGGGUGGAGAGAUUUCUAUUGUUGAAAAGGAACUCGGCGAAAAGGGUACUUGCUUUAGGUUUAACACAUUCUUCAUUUUGUGUGGGAGUGAAAGUGGAAGUGACAAGAGGGACGAUGAUCGUGAAUUUGGUUCUUAUGGUGGUCUUCUAUAUAAUAAUUUUCAUCCACAACAAGGGCCUAGUACACAUACUCAUGGCUCCAAAGCAGAAAGAUCCCAUGUUGUGCUUUUCAUUCCUAGAGAAGAAAGGAGUCAUAUCACAAAAAAGUUCAUGGAGAGUCUUGGGAUUAAAGUUUCAGUGGUCAAGCAAUGUGAACAGCUUUCCGAGACUUUAAAAAACAUUAAACAAAGACUGGUGCUCCCGCGGCCUAACUCAACCACCACCAGAUCAAAAGAACUCCCUCUCAGUGCAUAUGAUGGGGGUGAUGUAACAUCAUCUUCGGAGACAACAAAUUCCAGAAGCACAUCGAACUUUAUCUUAGUUGUGAUCGACACAUGCGCUGGAAUUUCUUCCGAGAUCAGAUGGGCAGUGGCUGAGUUCAGAAAAGAUCUUUGUAACACUUGCAAUAGGAUAGUGUGGAUACAGAGGCCAGACACAAGUAGUGGAGAUUUCUUUGGUCUCAAAGAGGAUAAAUUACCUCCAAUGGAUGUGAUCAUCUCAAAACCAUUACAUGGGGCACGUUUGUUCCAAGUUGUAAGACUUCUGCCAGAGUUUGAGAGUUUAAUUCCCACCAGAAAAAUAAUGGAAGCACACUCAUGCCAGAUGGGAAAUCUUCUUGAUGAAUCCAACAGCGCAAAAACUCAUGAGAAAAAUGAAAUAGUACAUGAAAACCCGUUGCAUGGGAGACGAGUGUUGGUGGUUGAAGAUAGUGCAUUUCUAAUGACAGUGGCUACAACUGUAGUUUCUCGGCUUGGUGCAGUUAUUGAGACAUGCAAAAAUGGUAAAGAAGCUCUAGAAGCCGUUCGCCACAAACUCAAAGAUGGUCAAAAAAAUGGAAUGUCUCAACUACCCUUUGAUUAUAUUCUGAUGGAUUGCGAGAUGACAGAAAUGGAUGGAUAUGAAGCUACUAGGAGAAUAAGAGAAGAGGAGAAAAAAUAUGAUUUGCAUAUUCCAAUCAUUGCAUUGACUGCCCAUACUGCAAGUGAGGAGAUAGAGAAGAUGAUUGGAGCUGGAAUGGAUUAUUACUUAUCAAAGCCAUUGAAAGAAGUCCAACUUUUGAAUGUUCUUUCAUGUAUUCAAAGCAGAUGA